UUCUAAUCCGGGGUUUUCAGCAUCAGGUGUAGGCAGCCAAUUGGGCCGUCUGAGCGCCGUGCAUCCUGGGAGCUGUAGUUUCCCGCCCCUCCGUCCGACUACAAGGGGAGCCGCUGGAGGACGGUUGCUUGGGGUUAUUAGCAAGCGGGAAGUAUGGCGGCAGCGCGUGUGGACGCGGCUUUGCCUCCUGGAGAAGGGUUAGUGGUAAAUUGGUCAGGGAAAGGGCUACAGAAAUUAAGUGCAAACUUACCCUGUGAAGCUGACAUUCAUACUUUGAUUUUGGAUAAAAAUCAGAUUAUCAAAUUGGAAAAUCUUGAGAAAUGCAGUCGAUUAAUACAGUUGUCAGUGGCUAACAAUCGGCUGGUACGGAUGAUGGGUGUGGCCAAACUGACCCAACUCCGGGUGUUAAAUUUGCCUCAUAAUAGCAUUGGCUAUGUGGAAGGGCUAAAGGAACUAGUACAUUUGGAGUGGCUGAACUUGGCAGGAAAUAAUCUCAAGGCCAUGGAGCAAAUCAAUAGCUGCACAGCUCUACAGCACCUCGAUUUAUCAGACAAUAACUUACCCCAGAUAGGUGAUAUAUCUAAGUUGGUAUCACUGAAGACCCUGCUUUUACAUGGAAACAUCAUCACCUCUCUUAGAAUGGUACCGGCUUACCUACCGAGAAGUCUUGCUAUCCUUUCUUUGGCGGAAAAUGGAAUUCGGGACUUAAAUGAGAUCUCUUUUUUGGCAUCCUUAACUGAAUUGGAACAGUUGUCGAUCAUGAGCAAUCCUUGUGUGAUGGCAACACCUUCCAUUCCAGGGUUCGACUAUCGGCCGUACAUCGUCAGCUGGUGCUUAAACCUCAGAGUCCUGGAUGGAUAUGUGAUUUCUCAGAAAGAAAGUUUGAAAGCUGAAUGGCUCUAUAGUCAAGGCAAGGGGAGAGCAUAUCGGCCUGGCCAGCAUGUCCAGCUUGUCCAGUAUCUAGCUCUGGUCUGUCCUCUCACUUCUACACUGGGUCUUCAAACAGCAGAGGAUGCCAAGCUAGAGAAGAUUCUGAGCAAGCAGAGGUUUCAUCAGAGGCAGUUAAUGAACCAAAGCCAAAAUGAAGAGUUGUCUUGUCUUCCUCCUACUGAAACAAAGGCACCAGAGCAUUCAAGCCCCCUUCAAGAUUGCCAGACAGUCCAGGAGUGUGGAGUCUCAGAUGGCACAGAAGAAGAGCUUGGGGGGCUAGAGAAUGUGAGGAAUUGGGUCAGAGAUUCAGAACAAGAUGAUGGUUACAGUCUGGGAGAUAAUGGGCAGCUAGGGGAGCCUCAGAUGUGUGAUAGGCAUAAAUUAAGAAAAGAAAGAGAUGAAGAACGUAUUAAAAAUUUUGUACAAGAAGAGGCUGUCAAAUUCCUUUGGAACCAGGUAAGGUCUCUGCAAGCUUGGCAACAGACUGUGGACCAGCGUCUAAGUUCCUGGCAUACCGAUGCUCCUCCUAUAUCAGCUACUCUGGUGCCAUCUGAACCUGCAUUAUUCCCCCAAAGCCAGGAGCCCUCUUCUGAUCAAAAUUUGGACUGGUUUGUUGCUCCUGAUGAAGCUCCUCAAAAGAAAUCCUUGCCGGAAUUUCCAGACUCUGGUUUUCAUUCCUCCCUAACAGAAGUUCACUGUUUGCAGGAUUCUUUGGAUUUUGAAAAAAGUUCCGGAGAAAGCACUGAAAGUUCGAUAAUAGGGAAUUCCACUGACACAGUCAGGCAUCGCAGAAGGUCAGGUGUAGCGGACAUUAGUGAAGAACAUGGUGAGUGGAGUAAGGAAAGCUCAAGCAGUGAGCAGGAUAAUAAUCUGCUUGAACAGUAUUUAACUUCAGUUCAACAGCUGGAAGACUCAGAGGAGAGGACAAAUUUUGCUGAAGGGGCAGGAGAUAGUACGCUCCACAUAGCUCAAUCCCCUGAAAAGUUAGAUGCCUUGUCUGACAAUGCUUCUGUAGAUGGUACUCAUGUCACAUCUCCUGCUUUGCAAGAUGAAAUCAGCCAGACACCAGAGGAUUGUAAAUUAAAUGCAGAAGUUGAAGGGCAGCAGUCAGAGUGUGAUUCUGCAUUUCAGGUGUUGCAUGUUGGUAUUACUGUGUAGCAUCCCUGGGUGCUUUGGAAGCAGAAUCCACUUAAUUUUUCUUAGGAAUAUUUUCAGUAUCUUUUCUUUCUUUUUUUUGAAGGGGAAUUUGAAUAUACCCUCACUUUUGUUAUUAUUUAUAUAGAAUGUAUAUUCUUGUCUCAUAUUUUCCAUAUUCUAGAUACUGAAGUCAAUCUUCAUAUCGACUGGGUUAGCCUUUUUUACUUAGCUGUAAUGUAUCAAGCAAUAUUUAUAUUGGAAGCUAUAGGCACUUUAUUUCUUAACUGAUUGCAUCAGUAGUGUUUCUGCUUUUUUAUGUAUUCAUUUGCUUUCAAAAAUAAAUUAGAAUAUCUUAAGUAAGAUAGAAAAAUUUACCUUAAAGAUAUAAAUGAGAGAAUUUGACUCCUCUGUGUGAGGAAAUUAAUUGUGUGGUUAAGAAUGCAAUUAGUUAAAAUAAAGGUAAACAACAUAUAUGAGGAUUGUGAAGUAUUGAAAUUUGCCAGCCUCCUUCGGGGAAGACCUUGUGUUUUAAGCCUUUUUUCCUCCCUUAUGAGUCAAGGAAAACUUUCUUAUAGGCAAAUAGGGGAAGAAGGUAAGAUUAUAGAAUUUUUCAGUAGGGAUGAUUAAAUUGUCUCAUGGAAAACUUUAGUUUAUAUCAUGUAUCAGUUUUAACAUAUGAAGCCAAAUGUUCCAUCCAAAAUUAAAAUCAAGCUUAUUUAAAGAGGCAAUAUAAGAAUAUUUCUCUCAGAUACGAAGAAAGCAAAUACACUAAGCUUUAUUCAUUUGGAAAAAUGUCAUGACAAACAUUUGUUACCUUCUCAUUUAGUCCUUUUUUUUACCUCACAGAUAAGUAUGUGUGUGCCAAUAUAUUGCCAGAAAUUCAUGUCUGUUCAUCUUGUAUACUGCUUUAUAUUUGCAUUUGUAUUUCAGCAGAAGAUCUGUGUCAUUUAGUUCACAUUUGAUUUCUGUGUCUUAAUGAAGAACAUUUAAAAUGAUACUGGUGGUAGAAUAUGGUGACUUUUUUUUUAAGAAAUAUUUUCUAUCUAAAUCUCUGAAAAAGGUGCCACAUUUGCAAGACAGUUUAACAGUGAAUAAAAAGAAUAAACCUCACUUAUUUUUGCUUGUUAAAAAGAAUAUAUAUCUGUAACUCUGGGAAGAAGUGAUAAUAUUGUGUUUGAAUAUUACAAGUACAUGGAUAUGCAAAUCAAGGAUAAUUUUUUGGUAUUUUAAUCUUUGAGAAUGUUCUAAUACAAUUAAACAAUUCAUAUCUGAUUUUUCCCAAUCUGUGGACAUACAACUAUUUGAAAUGAAGGCAAUACUUAUUCUCUAAAUUUAGGUGCUAAAUACCUAUUUAUUCUGUGACAGUCGUGGGUCCCCUUCUUUAAAGUUAUAUAUAAUAAAAACUUCUGAUCCUUCAAGAAUAAGGUCAGGGAUCACAUGUUAUUCUUUGCUGAUAGUUAGAAACAUUUCUCCAGUAUGGGUAAGAUGUAUUUUUCUCGGUUUAUAAAUAUGUAGCACUCAGGUUAAGAAGACUUGAAUUUCAUUCUCAGAAAUCCAAAAUCUCUUGAAAAGGAAUUAUUUCCUGUCUCUUAUAAACUGAACAGCAGUCUUAUGUUCAAAAGUAUUUUUCCUAGUGAAGCUUGUGUAAUGUUGAAAGCAUGUUAAAUAAAAAUAGAAUUUUUUGCUUUUUGAAUAAUGCUAAUUUUAUGAAUGAUUUUUAAUUUCUUCUUAAAUAGUCCCUAUUUUUCUAUUUUACAGUUAAGUGCCUCAUUGCUGCCCAUUGUUAGACAAAGAAAAAUCAAAUUGCACUGCACUAGUUCCAAAAAAUGCUGCUUCAUGAUUCAUUAAUUUCUCACUAAAGCUCCUGAAAUGUCCUGGUUCAGUAUUGCUUAAGUAGGUUAAGGUUACUGCCGACAUCUUGUCCCUCUUCUCUUUUUUUAAGAAAUGGCAAAACACAACUAUAUUCAUUUGAGCAUGAGCAUUUGUCAGUAAGAUUUCCUUUUUUACCUUUCCUUUAUUUUUCUAGCAUAUAAAUAGUAUUCAGCGUACUUUUAUUUUAAAAUUGACAGAAUAGCCUAGCCAGUAUUCUCAGUGGUUGAGUAUGGGCCUAUGAACCAAAAGGUCACUGUUCGAUUCCCAGUCAGGACACGUGCCUGGGUUGCAGGCUCGAUCCCUAGAAGAGGGUACACAGGAGGCAGCGAAUCAAUGAUUCUCUCUCAUCAUUGAUGUUUCUAUCUCUCUUCCUCUCCCUUCUUCUCUGAAAUCAAUAAAAAUAUAUUUAAAAUUGAUAGCAUAUGUGAUUAAUAUCCUGCUCUUCAUUAUAUUUAACUCCUAUUUAACCACAAGGGGGCAAUUCAAGAAUGAAUUAU